GGCCGCAGGCCGAGCCGACGGGAGCCCGCGGGGAGGGGGCGGCUGGGCACCGCGGCGCCUUGGCCUGGGCUGGCCUCGGCUGGCGGCGUCGAGCGGGUCGGCCCCAGCUCUGGCGGAUGCCGAUGAGGAGAAAAGACUUGUUAGCCAGAAGAGAGAUGAGAUUUUUCACCCACAGCUUGAAAUACGCUGGAAAACCACCAUUUGCCAUAUGCAGGCAACUGCCCUGUGGAUAUUUUAGGACUGUAGCUUCAGCUGAAUCAGGGAUACUUGGAAAAAGAGAGAUAGCUUCAGCAGCUUAUGGAAAAUUUGAGCAUCUGGAAUCUGAACUAACUGCAAUGGAUGGGAAAAUGAAACAGCUUCAACUAGAUCACUACUGAUACUGAGGGAAGUUUUCUGAGAUCUGCCCAUGAGAAUCAACAGGAAGGAAAAAACAUCUUAGUCAACGAUUGGGAGACAUGCAGUAAUCACUCUUCAGCAGCAGUGUAUUUUAGGCCAUUGUUACCCUGGUUCACUACAAUGCUUUUUUAGGGAAAAAGUCUGCUUCCAGCCACAUUAUAAAGACAUGGUGUAGAGACAGGAGGGUCUGGCACAGAGUCUGUAGAGACUCUCUGUAAUCUCUUGAGGCCACACAUGAACAAAAAGAGAGUAUCUUCCUUAAGGAGCAUUAUCGCAUGAAUUUUAUGUAAGCAGAAUUAUCAGAAGAAAAAUAAACAAUGAAAGCUCUCAUGAAAGCAAGCUAGUGAGUGAAAGCAUCAGAUUAGCAAGUGUCACAUGGACAGAUUGUAACAGAUAGUGAUAAAAUGGCUCCAGGAGGAGGCUUUUCUUACUACUCAAAUCCAUUAUAUCACAUCCUACUUAUAAAGUAAUCUUCUGAGACCCAGCUGACUUUUUGUACAAUCUGACAUGUUACUUAACUGUUUAUCACAUCAAGAAUGAUCAUAAUACAUAAAAGUGAGGACUGUGUAGCAUUUUUUUUAAGGUAGGGAAGUCAGUUUUCUUCUCAACCAUAAUCCUGCACUUGUUAAGAAGAUGAUAGACUUCUGACAAAACAGAGUGGUUUAUAAAGAACUCGGACUGCAGAUGAGUUCUUGUUCCCUCUGCAUGUCAUCUACAGGCCACACUUUCAUUUUUUCCAUACCUGAAGAGACUAGUGCAUAGAUACUACAUAAACCAUGUACCAGGAACCCAGUAUAGACAUGGAAAGUUCUGGAGUAGACUCUCAAAUACAAGGCGUUCUUUUUAGUUUACCUAUAUCUCUCACUGUGUUGCUAGGAUUUACAGGGAAAUUUGUUGUUGAUCUAGAAACUGAUGUAGAUUAAUGCAUAAACCUGAAGACUGUACCUCCCUUCCAUACCAACACUAGCACUGCUGAAUUAUUCUAUAGGCAAUUAAGAGAAAUCUCUGGAUUGGUAGUCCUUGUCCUUAUGGGAGAUUUCAACUUCCCAGACAUCAGCUGGGAGUAACGUACUGCUGCGACAAGCAAGCCUGGGAAAUUCCUGGAGUUGGCUGAACAUAAUUUCUUGUCAUAAGUACUCAGUAAGCCAACUAGGAAAGGUGCCAUCCUCAACUUGUCAUUUCUGAAUAGAGAAGGACUCACAGGAUAUGUGAUGGUAGGUGGCUAUCUUGGCCACUGUGAUCCCAAAAUGGUUGAGUUUAAAAUUUUUAGUGUAAUGAGAAAAAAGUUCACCAGCAUUGCUACCCCAUAUUUCAAGAGACCAAAAUUUAAGCUGCUCGGGGACCUACUUCGCAGUGUCCCCUGGGAAUCUGCUUUUGAGGGCUUUGGGGUCCAUGAGUGCUGGUCAGUUUAAGCACAGGAGCAGGCCAUCCCAUUGUGUUGCAAGGCAAGCAAUCGGAGCAGAAGACCAGCUUGGCACAACAGGGAAACUCCUCUUGUAACUCAGGAGGAAAAAGAGAUUGGAUGAUCUCUAGAAGCAAGGUCAGGCUUCACAGGAAGAUUACAGAGCCAUCGUUUGCAUAUGUAGGGAUACAACAUGAAAGGCCAAAGCUCAGCUGGAGUUGAAACUGGCUAUUGUUGUAGUAGAAAACAAGAUAGGAUUUUUAAUGUAUGUUAAUACCAACAGGAUGUCCAAGGAAAAUAUAGGACCCAUACUUGUUGAAGAUGGUCCCCUGGCAAAUAGGGGUGCAGAAGUGGAGACAUUCAGUGCUUUUUUUGCCUCAGUCUUUAAUACUAAUGAUAGACUUUGGGCUGUCCGGUCCCCUGAGUUGGAGGACCAUGACUGCAGGAACAGUGACUUUCCAUGUGGGGACAUGGAAAUUGUAAGGGGCCAGCUGUGUCAGCUGAAUGUUCAUACAUCCAUGGGACCUGGUGGGAUUCAGUCCUGUGUACUGAAUGAGCUAGGGGAUGUGAUGGCAGCAGCCCUCUCCAUCAUCUACCAGAAGUCUUGGGAGCCUACGUAGGCCCCCGCUGACUGGGAGCUAUCCAACAGUGUUCCAAUUUAAAAGAAAGGCAUGCAGGAAGACUCAGAAAACUACAGACCUGUUACUGUGACCUCAGCACCUGGAAAAAUGAAGCAGAAGAUCCUACUGGGUGCUACUGAAAGGCAUUUAAAGGACAAUGCAAUCAUCAGGCACAGUCAACAUGGGUUCACAAAGGGAAAGCCCUGUCUAUCCUUCUAUGAUAAGGUUGGCCUCCUAGUGGGUGAAUAGAAGGCAGAUGUGGCUUUUCUGGAUUUUAGGAAGGCUUUUGAUACAGUCCCUUACAGCAUUCUUCUGGACAAGUUGUCCAACUGUGAGAUGAUGUUGUGGUUUAAGCCCGGCCAGCGAUUAAGCACUACGAAGCUGCUCACUCACUUCCCCCCCACCCCACAGCAAUGGACUGUGAAGUCACCCAGCAAUGGACACCUGUGCUGGGGCCACAGCACUGCUGGGGUGAGCGCCGUGGGCAAGGAUAGCCUGUUGUGAUGUCACUGAGGGAUGGACUACAACAUCCCCAAGUGAUGGAUUGUGACCAGGCGACCCUCACUGCUUAUAUUCGGGCACCAAGUCUCAGCUAGUUGGCUCGUGCCCACACUCCAGCUGAGCAGAUCGCGAGGUCUGGAGCACUGAGCGAGGCCUUGGCGCUGGUGUCGUGCUCGGGGAGUUGCUCCUUGCAGCUCUCAGUGCCCGACCCCAGAGCCGUCGAAGGAUUUUCCCCGGCCCUGCCAGCUCCAGGCAGCCGGGGCACCCAGGAGCUACGCUCGCAGCAGCAGAGCGUGACACCAGUUGCUGCAGCGCCAGUGAGAGGGAGUGGUUCCACGUCCCUGGUUCCCCCCAGCCCACCGCAGCACAUGGAGAGCGUGGCCAUGGAGCCUGAGGACCACUGUCCCAUCUGCCUGUGCAGCUGGGAGGAGGCCAGCUUUGUUAUGCCAUGCCUCCACCGGUUCUGCUACCCGUGCAUCCUGCGGUGGGCUGAGAGCAAGCCCGAGUGCCCUCUCUGCAAGAGGAGGAUCCUCUCCAUCUUGCACUCGGUGCGGGCAGAUGAUGACUACGUGGAGCAUAUCAUCACACCACCCUCAGGUGUUGUCCGUCAGGUGGAAGGAGCCCCCAGACGCGCAGCUGCCCAUGACCGCCAUCUCCCUGGAGCACCCCAACGCUGGGCUGCAGAAGGGGUGCCCAGGCGUCCAGUGGGCAUCUUCCAGCCCCCAAACUGGUUGAACAACUUACGGGACAACCCAGUGCUCCUCCAGAUCCUGCAGCCCUGUGUCCGUCGGCAGAUGGAGGAGAUCUUUGGCAGCAGGGUGUUGGAGGCAGCCAUGGAGGAGGACACCGCCACCACCAUCCUGACCAGCCAAAGGAUGGAUACAGAGCUUCCGGGAUGGGUGCUGGGGGUCUCCCGCCAAAACCGUGAGGAGACAUUCUUCCAACACGAUGGACAUGUCACUGCGCAACGGCACAGCGGAGAGACCCAACGUCUGCUGGGCUGGCAGGAUGCCUCUGCUGCUGGGGGUCAGGAGGACCGCCCCACGGGUGCCCCCAGCCCCACUGCCACCCAAGGAGGGUCUCUUGUCCCCAGCCCAGCCUCCUCCAGCAGCCCUGCAAGAUCCAGCGCAGACGAGCUCCCCGGCACCUCAUCCGCUGCCGUCGGUGGGGGUCCCAGCAGCCACCCCUCUGCUCCCAUUGCCAUCCCUGCGGAGCAAGAAGUGCGCCAGGAGGAGCCAGGGGAGGCUGUGCCCGAUCCCUCCGCUUCCAGCCGGGGCCGUGAACGCUCCCCUGGGAGGCCCCGGCGAGCCCCAAAGAGGAGGACCGACAGCUCCGAGGCCUCUCCAGCCAACAAGAGGCCAGCACCGCGUCGGUGACCCUGGAGGGUCCCUCGGGGGAUGGCCAAACCAGGACUGGGCCAUCAGCUGGGGCACGCGCCAGCCCUCAAGGGCUCCGGGCCCCCCAAAUCCAAUCAUCCAAAUAAAAUAAGUGCAUGAAAACUACAGAAAAAGUCUCAGUGUUACUAACAGUGCAGGUGGCGUUGCUGUCCUCACCCUGUUUUGUUUUUUUGCCGGGAGGGGUGGGACGUUAACACUGAUGGGUCCUUCUACACAUGCCAGGCACUACUUCAUUGUUCCACCCAAAGGCAAGUGAUGCCCAGCUCCAGGCCUGCGGCAUCUCUGCAGCUGCUCCCGGGGCAGAUGUUUC